AUGAGUGUCACAUUUGAAGUCUUUCGAGGUUCGAAGGAGGGCAAGAUUGUUGGCGACACCACAACCCGCACUUUGGGCCACAAUGAAGUCUUCAUCGAGACCACACACUCCGGUCUUUGUGGAACGGACGAGCACUUCCUGAAGUCUGGUAUGGUUCUCGGCCACGAAGGUGUUGGUGUUGUGCGCCAGAUUGGCCCCGAUGUCAAGGACGUCAAGGUUGGAGAUCGUGUUGGAUUUGGAUACACACACUAUGUCUGCGGGACUUGCGAGAAGUGCUUGACUGGAUGGGACCAGUACUGCGAGAACAAGAAGGAAUACGGCUCACAUGACCAUGAUCUCGGAUCGUUCAGCGGCGGUGUUGUCUGGGAUGCUGGUUGUGUCGUUCCAAUCCCCGACGGAUACGACUCUGCAGAUGCUGCUCCUCUGAUGUGCGCUGGCGCCACAGUUUGGACCUGCUUGACUGAAUACGGUAUUCGUCCCACUGACCGAGUCGCUGUGAUGGGUAUCGGUGGUCUGGGUCACUUGGCCAUCAAGCUGGCCUCUGCCAUGGGAUGCCAUGUUGUUGUGUUCUCCAGCUCUGAAGCCAAGCGGCAAGAGGCUUUCAGCUUCGGUGCCUCCGAGUAUCAUGUCUUCCGCAAGGGUGAGGAGCUGAAGGACUGCAAGCCGGUGAACCACCUCCUGCUUUGCGGCAGUGCUAACGUUGAUUAUCCUUCUCUCAUUCCUUUGAUGGAUAUUCACGGAUCUAUUUACCCAUUGACUGUCGACUUUGCGCCCUCGCCUGUCCCGCUCUUGGCCAUGAACAUCAAGGGUAUCCGGAUCCAGGGCUCCCUGGUGGCAUCUCGACACAGCCUUCGCUCUUUGGUGCAGUUCGCGGCGGCCAAGAAGAUUGUGCCGACCACAAUGAAGUUCCCAUUGAACAGGGAGGGAGUUGAAGAGGCAAUGGAAACCCUCCGUCAGGGCAAAAUGCGCUACCGUGGUGUUCUUGUGCGUCAAUAG